AUGAGUUCGACCGAGAAAAAGCCAAUGGUACAAGGCGUGGCUGUCUUCCACGAGUUUCUUGCCAAAGGACGCGCUGAUACGGAACUCGUGACCGGAGCCCUUGAAGAUCGCGUGCACCAUCUUGCCCCCCAAGCUACCUCGGUUGAAACUGCUAGCUCUACUACUGGUAGUAGAGCAUCGGACGGGUUCCUGCCAGUUCGGGCCACUCUAGUUCAGUGCGACAACAGGAUCGUCUUGGUCGAAGAGUGGGAAUCUGCGCAUGACUACGAGUUGUGGUACGAAGCACGUGAAGGAUGCAACACCAACCAAGAGAUACGCCAUCUGCUAGCGGCUGCACCCACCACGGAAUAUUUUCCAGAAGCCCUCCAUAUCCGUCAAGAUUCAGCGGCCAACCGCAGUAGCAAGAACCACGAGGAACGCACCGAUAAUAAUAUUGGGAUUCUAGUCCGUCAAAAGACUGCCAGUGCGGAAAACGGUGCCAAGCUCCGCAACGCGCAAAGGGAAGCAUACGAGCGUCAAAUGCCUUUGGAAAACCCCGGUUGCACUUGUUGCAUUAUUCUGGCCAAUUCCAAACAGGAUCCGUCCCAAGUACGAAUCAUUGAAUUGUGGAAAUCAAUGCAGGACUUUCAUGUUCAUGAAACCUCCGACUGGCAUGCCACGGGAGAGGAAAAAGUUGUCCCGCUCGUGGUGGACAUGGAUUGCGAUUUUGUCACGGGCAAUAUAAUUCUAUAG